GGCGGGCGGCGCCGGGUCGCGCGGUGAUGACGUGAUCCUGCCGUUGCCUGGCGAUGGGGUCCGAGCAGAGCGCCGAGGCGGAGGGCCGCCCUCACGACCCCGCGGCAGCAUCCCCUUCACCAGCCAAGCAACGAGCUAAAAUGGAUGAUAUUGUGGUGGUGGCCCAGGGGACCCAGGCAUCGCGGAACGUCAGCAGCGACCCAGAUGUGAUAAAACUGCAGGAAAUCCCCACUUUUCAGCCUCUGUUGAAAGGUCUUCUCAGCGGGCAAAUGUCUCCUACCAACUUCAGACUAGAGAAGCUGGAUUCCCAGCAAGUUCUACAGCUGUGUCUCCGGUACCAGGACCACCUUCACCAGUGCGCAGAAGCAGUUGCCUUUGACCAGAAUGCUUUAGUCAAGCGGAUCAAAGAGAUGGAUCUCUCCGUAGAAACCCUUUACGCUUUAAUGCAGGAGCGCCAGAAAAGGUACGCCAAGUAUGCCGAGCAGAUCCAGAAAGUCAAUGAGAUGUCCGCCAUCCUCCGCCGCGUCCAGAUGGGCAUCGACCUGACCGUCCCUCUGAUGGAGAGGCUGAACAGCCUGCUGCCCGAAAGCGAGCGGCUGGAGCCUUUUGGGAUGAAGCCGGACAGGGAACUCAAGUUAUAGCUUCCCCUGAGUGGAAGAGCCCCUCGGACUGACCGGGAACACAGCUACUCAGAAGGACACACUAUCCAGGAUGGACGUUUGGCUACCUGUCACAGCUUUCAUCCGUUUGCUGGGACCGCCCUCGCUCAGCAAAGUGUUUUUAGCCGACCUGAGAUCUCGGUCUUCCCAUCCUUCUACAGCGGUAUUUAACUGUUUGCCUCCAGGAGACCUUGCGACCUCCAGGGCUUGCCGAGGAACUUUUGAAUUCUCGUCAAUGCCAGAGGCAUCUACUGAGGCCGGCCUUUCCCAACUGGGUGGCAACAGUUCCUGGGUUCUCAGGGGCAGACGUCCUGCAGAAGCUUUGCCGCUGGUGCUGGCUUUCCCUUGUGUGCAGCUGCCCCGGGGUCUUCUGCAGAGAGUUUGAGAUUAAGGCGCCUGGGUUUCUUACUGGACAACUUGGACGUUUUAAAACCAUUGUUGAGGGCAUACAGUCAACUCGCACAGAAUCUGGGACAAACCUCUUAGGUCUCACCAUGGCCUGCCUUGUAAAUGUUGGCACAGCUAACAUUCCCUGGCCUUUCAAGAAAAGAUUACAGGUAGUGGACAGGGGUCCACUUUCAGAGGUCUUUGUUCAUUAACUAUCCCCUUGCUGAGUAAUUCCUAAUAAAUAUCUGUAAAAUCACUGCUUUCCCAUUCUACACUGUGAAAACCACUGCUUCCUUUUUCACUGGAUCAUGUCUUCAGAGAACCUGCUAAUUAGCCCACUAGCAGGGCUUUUAGGGAAGAAAGGCCAGAUCUGUCUGCAAGGAAGGUAUUAGGUCCCUUGUGAUGCCGCGUGGGCUUUUUGCAGUUUAUAGGGAAAUGGGCAAAGCCAGAAGGAGCCUUCGUCGCCCCACUUACAUAACAUAAUGCAGCUUGUGUGGGAUGAAUUUCCUUUUUGAGGCCUAGCGGACUUCCCUCCCCAUGCAAUCUGGUUGUGUGCUUAAAUUACUCCUUAGUUUAUGGGGCUAUUAAAUGCACGACUGCUUGAGUUAUGUCACUGUCAGGGCGAGGCAGCCCAGGCCUCCCGUUGAAGGGACGGGUCAGGCUGGCUUUGCUUUUGCUCCCGUUUCCGAAUCCAUGUGGUCUCCUUGAGUUGCCAAGAUUGCUAAUAGAAUUCCGUUUUAUUAGAAAUAGAAGCUAUUUUUAGUUUGGGUCCAAAGGAAGCUGGAAAAGUGUUGUGCCUGGGAAUGUCUUAUUUUAUUUACCUCAUGGCAAUUGGAGGGGUCUUCCCCCUGCCCCCAAGGUAAUUCAGAGGCAGAGCCUGCCCUGGCUACUUUCGAUUUCUCUUUCUUCCUCUGCAUUUUUAGAUCUGUGUUGGUGAUGCUUUUCUCGUCAUUAAAGCUAAAAUUACAUGUGCUUUGGGAAGCUGUGUCAGAAGAGCUCACAUUUAACAUCAAUAUACUUCAAUCAUACCUUAGUGGCUCUUGCCACAAAAGCAGAAGUGGAUCCUCCCCAUUUUUAUCCUUACUGUAAACUGCCCUUCCCAGAUAUUCACCCAGAUUGAUAUACUGGCCUGGCAUGAAAAAUACUGUGCUUGAAUUCAUCUCUGUAUUCUGUUGGAGGAAUGUCGCAUUUCAUUCCUCUGCAUCGUUUUCUCUGCUACACAGACGAUCAGAUUUCAGGACUGGCACGACCUGAGAACGCCACGACCUCUCAGUCUCGAGAGAAAAACACGUAGAGUCGCUUUUGCCUUUUGUCUGAGAAAAGAGUAUUUAAUUGGGGAGCAGCCUCUGGACAAUUAAUUGGCAGAUUCCAAGCCAUUGAGCGUCUGUCCCUCGGAGCUUUUAAUACUAUCAUUUCCUCAGUAAGGUGUGGGAACGCAGAUUCUUGCGCUCCGAAGACGACGGUGCCCUUGCUGUGGAGGCAAGUGAAGCAUACAGGGGCAGGCCACUGCUGUUCUCUUAACAAUUUGAUCCACCCCUUUCCCUGCCCAGACCCCCUCAGGCAGAUGUCCUUCCACCCAGUAGCAUGAAGUCCCAUCACCAGGAAGCAGCUCUCAAGCCCAGGUCAGUUUGGCUUGAUCCGGGGCUACCUGGAAUUGGGGGUGGCCAGACCUGGCCAUAGCGCUUCCUUGAGGAAGCACAAUUCCUUUCGUAGGUAGAAGCACAAGUCCUCUUGAAAAUAACUGGAAGGGACCGUACGGAAGCGAAAAGGCGCAGAAUCCCUUCGAGUGGUUGAAUCGAGUGUCAGUGCUGCGGCCGUCUUCCAAGGCAAUUAAAAGAAUUCUGGUGAACUCUCGCCCCGACAUGAUUCCAUGUGCAGGCUGGAAGCUCUGGUCGGAGGACAUAACGUGGCAUCUGGUCCUCUCGCUGUUGUCCAUCGUUGGGCUGUCAAAGCCGAUUGCCAAGCUUUUCCUCCCGCAAGGUUUCGGGCUGACAGUUUUGGACGUUUGAUAGCGUACCACUGUUUUCCUUCUUUUUUGUUACAAAAAAGGAACCAUUUGCUAUUCUAGUGUGAUGCAGUUUCUUCGUUUUAGAUCAUUUUAAUAACUUGUUUGUUGUUAUUGGGAAUUCCUAAGAGCCCUAUUUGAAAAAGUAACAGACACAUUUAAGUAAAAGUUAUACAAAGUUGAUUACAGAGGCAUUUUAAUUUUUAUUUUAAAAAGUCUGUUCUAAUCAUUAGGAAAAGACUUAGCUGUAAUUCUGAAAGUCUGUAACUUCUGGCUACACUUCUCUGUUAAAAGUUCUCUUUCGAUUGCUUUAUUUCCAAAACCUAAGCCAUCUUUUAAAAAAUGAAUACAUAUUAAAUGCAAUAAAACUGCAUCCAUAUUUUAUUGUAUAACAAUUCUAGUCAAGAAAUAACAGUUAAGAGCAUACUUUGAGUUGACUUGUUGGGCUUUAAUAUGCCAAAGAUAUAUUUAGAAAAACAUACUUGUUAAAAGUUGAUGUUUCUAACAAAAAUGUGUAUCACCUAAGUUGGUUAUAUAUCCUUUGGCAGCAGUAUUAUAAACAGCUAGUUUUUUUCUAGCAGAACAUUGUGACACCCAUUUUCUUAUUUUGUAAAACCAACCUCGUUUGCUUAAUACAAACUCACUCCAUGGUUCUUGUCAAUAAAACCCACUAUAGCCAUUUAAAGUAUGAAAUAAAAUUUUUAGAUGUUUAGAUUUCCUAUUUCAGCCAUAUUUUCACAAAGCCUCAAUGUAUCUGAUUUAUGCUAACAUGCUGGCUCUUACUGGGCUUGCUAAAGAUCACUUUGAGGCUGCAAGGGUCUUAGAAGUGCUAAUGCCACCCCCCACCCCCCAUAUACCUGGCACAGGGUUCUCUUAGGUGCCCGAUGGGUCACCAGCCUUGCAAUGCAGAAACCGCUGGGCGUGGUUGAGGCUUUCAGUGCUGAUUUCUCUGGGUACAUGAAACAGUCGUGAUCCAGAGACAGCAGCGAGGUGCAGAUUCCUAUGCAGGAAUAGUGCAAAUCCCAUAUGGACUUGUGUACCACUUCCAUUCAUUCGGCUGCAAUACACGUCCUCAAGCUCUGUAUCAGUCUGGGGAUGCACUGUUCUCCAUACUUACCAGCCAAUAGCUGUGUCUCGAUAGAAGCAUAUCCAGGAUUCCUAAAGACAUCGCUUGCUUUAGUCCAAAUUUGGGCGGUGGGGUAGACAGUGAACUGCAGGUGGCUUUCUGGGUGUGUGGCAUGGGAUUUGGAAACUCACUGGCAAAAGUCCAGCGGAGAAGCAGCCGGCUCUCCUGCCACCCUGUCGCUGCAGCCAUCUGUCGCGGCCCGUGAAUGCAGUUCUGGGCUGCAGUCAGUUCCCAUUAGGGGGUCCACAAGAUCCACCUCCGCUGUGAGAGCAGAAAUGGUUGGGGUCUCAUAGUCACCCCGAGGGAGUUCCUUGGGAAUGUUGUAAGGGCACCAGAAGGGGUUAAUUUGAGAUCUGGAAAAAUAAAAUACGGAAGGGAGGAUGAUAUUGAAGUAGUUUCUUGACAGCUCUGCAGAGGAUGAUCUGGGCACAGUGUGUAUUUUCCUUCGCUGAAAAUACAGUUUUGUCAUCGCUUGUUUUUUGUCUUGCAGUGAGUUACUUCCUCCUCUGAACAGUGUAUGGUCAUUACUUGACAUAUUUAUUAAUAAACAUGCAAAAU